AUGACCUUGACGUGCUUUGCAGGGCCGUGGCUGACCAACCUGAUCGGCUUCCGGUGGACACUGGCCGUCGGCCCGUUGGGGUAUCCCGUGUACGCGGCGGGUCUCUACCACAACAACCGCACCGGGACGGAAUGGCUGGUGUACGUCGGCUCCAUUCUCUGUGGAAUCAGCGCCGGCUUCUUCUGGAGUGUCGAGGGAGCCAUCUCGACCGGAUACCCCGAGCACCACAAGCGCGGGCGCUAUCUCGCGACAUGGUGUACCUUUCGCAACUUUGGCAACAUCAUCGGCGGUGCCAUCUCACUGGCCAUUAACCACAAGAUCAGUCACCGGGGGAAAGUCAGCGCCGGCACCUAUCGAGCCUUCAUUGCCCUCCAGUGCCUGGGCUUCUUCGCGGGCCUCCUGCUGUCGAAUCCGGAGAAAGUACGGCGGGAUGAUGGCACGCGCAUUCAAGCUCCCCGAGGCAUCCACUGGCGCACCGAACUCGCUCAGAUGUGGCGACUGGCUCGCAGCAAGUCCAUCCUGCUGUUGACGCCCUUGUUCUGGUACUUUGGCUGGGUCCAAGCGUACCCGGGGACAUAUGUUGCCGCGUACUUUACCGUUCGAUCUCGCGCGCUAGCCAGCUUUUUGUCGGUCGUGGUUGGCACCUUUGCAACCUGGUUGGCCGGUUGCUUGGUGGAUAUUCCGUGGACAAAGAACCGAACGACACGGGCGGUGACGACCUAUGUCCUCAUCGCCUUGAUCAACAGUGCGACGCGGAUUUGGGCGGUCAUCAUUCAGAACGAGUACCGCCACACCAACCCAACCCUGGACUGGGCCGACCAGAGCACCUUCGGCCGCGGGUUCGGCUUGUUCUUGUUCGAGCGCAUCUGUCUGGGAAUGGUCGAGAAUUACAUCUACUGGUGUAUCAGCAAUCUCUCGGAUUCCCCGGGGGAUCAAAUUCGGUACGGCUCUCUCCUUCGAGGCAUUGAGACUGCGGCCGUGGCUGUGGGCUUUGGAGUGCAGGCAGUGCCGACUGCGCUCAUCGCCACGGCCAGCAUCAAUUUCGGCCCGUGGUUCUUCGUCCUCCCCUUUAGCUAUUACGCAACCCUGCAAGUGGUGCGUAAGUUUGCCCAGCUCGAGAAAGAGUCAGCAGCGGCGGCGGCGGCGGCAUCAGCAGAUGAUACACAGGACGCUGGGAGUGAGCAGCCAAACUCACACGCGACAAAGGCCUGA